AUGCCAAAGAACCAGCUAUUCCAGUACUCGGUUGUCUCAGCCCUCAUGGAUGGAGUCGCCGAGACCGGCAUCACCAUUUCCGACCUGCUCAGCCAUGGAGAUCACGGCCUCGGCACAUUUCGACACAUGGUCGGCGAAAUGAUUAUCCUUGACGGAACAGUCUACGAUAUGAAGCCUGAUGGUUCCGUUGUCGCUCUCGACGAUGAUGCUUGCGCGAACCAAACGGCGCCUUUCGCCAUGACCACGGAUUAUCAGCCUACAACGAUUGCUCGUAAAUUAAUCCCGGCCAAGGAUGCGUUGACAAAGGACUUAUCGGACUUCCUGCCGAACGCGAAGAACCAUUAUGUUGCUUUUAGAGCGGAAGGCACAUUCAAGUCCGUUACUGUUCGAACAGUCGGUGGACAGCAAUCACCAGGCGAAAGUCUCGCUGAGCUUGGCAAACGUCAAGCUUCUCACGAGUUCAAGGACAUUGAGGGUACGAUUAUCGGCUUUCGGUCGCCGGCUUUUAUGCAGGGUAUCAGCGUUGCUGGAGACCACUUGCAUUUUAUAUCGGCCGACAAACAAGCUGGUGGCCACGUGUUGGCGUUGAAAGGCGACGGAUACGUGGAACUCAGUGCUGCGCCUAUCACGGGAGUGAAUCUUCAAUUGCCGACGGAAGACGACGCGUUCAAUCAGGCCAAGCUGGUAAGAGAUGAUGAGGGAAUAGCUGCGGUUGAGGGUUGA